AUGGUGGAUAGCAAUGUCCCUCAGCCGGGGCCGGCCAAGUUGAAGCGCAAUGCAGGCCCUGAUGAAUGGCUAGAGGCUGCAAAGGACUGCAAAUAUUUGUCGGAGCAGCAUAUGAAACAGCUAUGUGAAAUAGUCAAAGAGUACAUGAUGGAAGAAUCAAACAUCCAGCCCGUUUCUACGCCCGUCACAGUCUGUGGUGAUAUCCAUGGUCAAUUUUAUGAUCUUCUAGAGCUCUUCCGUGUUUCUGGUGGUAUGCCUGACCAGACCGAGGUUGAGCCACCAAAGACUUCGCCAUCCAUAAUCACGUCUGACGACAUUGAACCCCCUUACUCGAUAUCGGACCCAAAGUUGCGGAAGAAGUUGAAACAGCGGGACUCUAUAUCGGGUGGUAGCGACGUGUCGGCGUCCAAUAUUAGCCAACGUGAUCGGUCCUCGAGUGCUGGGUCGACGGAUAUUACAGUCAACAGGAACUUUGUCUUCCUCGGUGAUUACGUUGAUCGGGGAUAUUUUAGUUUGGAGACUUUAACUUUGCUAUUAUGUCUAAAAGCAAAGUUCCCGGAUCGAGUGACCCUGGUGCGUGGAAAUCACGAGUCUCGUCAGAUCACUCAAGUGUAUGGAUUCUACGAAGAAUGCUUCCAGAAAUAUGGGAAUGCAUCCGUGUGGAAGGCUUGUUGUCAGGUGUUUGACUUUAUGACACUGGGCGCUAUUAUUGAUGGAAGAGUGCUAUGUGUGCAUGGAGGACUGAGCCCAGAAAUCAGGACAUUGGAUCAAGUACGGGUGGUUGCGAGAGCCCAGGAGAUUCCUCAUGAAGGUGCCUUCUGCGACUUAGUUUGGUCUGAUCCGGACGACGUGGAAACAUGGGCGGUUAGCCCAAGAGGAGCUGGCUGGUUGUUCGGGGACAAGGUGGCUGAUGAAUUCUGCCACGUUAAUGAUUUGACACUGAUCGCGCGCGCCCAUCAGCUGGUGAAUGAAGGUUACAAGUACCAUUUUGCAAACCAGAACGUGGUCACUGUCUGGAGUGCACCAAAUUACUGCUACAGGUGCGGCAAUCUGGCGUCUGUUUGUGAGAUUGGGGACGAUCUACGACCGACAUUUAAGCUAUUCAGUGCCGUCGGCGACGACCAACGGCAUGUUCCGACAUCGCGGCCAGGCCGCAGCGAGUACUUUUAUCCUGAACCAACAACUACCAUUUCCUAUAAUCUGGAGUAUCCUUCUACCAUUACCAUUAGUGCGACGGAUUAUAGCAUCAGUAUCAGCGGAGUGGCUCUGCUGGGUGCCCGCACGCCUCGGCACGGAUACGAAGCAGGCUUCCCCUAUGCAGUUCCCCCCGGAAUCGAUACCGGAACUUCGGGACACAUCGCGGAGACGUCCUCAUAA